UGGCCGCGCCGGAAGCGCCCUCCUACGACGACGACGGGGUCUCCUGCCCUCGUGCACGCAGUGGACUUCCUUUCUGAGCGGAAGCCGACGAAGGAGCAGCAGCAGAAGGCACCGCGCCGUCUCCAUCGCCGCCAUGCCGCCCAAGGACGACAAGAAGAAGAAGGACGCGGGGAAGUCGGCCAAGAAGGACAAGGACCCGGUCAACAAGUCCGGAGGGAAGGCCAAGAAGAAGAAGUGGUCCAAAGGGAAGGUGAGGGACAAGCUGAACAACCUGGUCCUCUUCGACAAGGCCACCUACGACAAGCUCUGCAAAGAGGUGCCCAACUACAAGCUCAUCACGCCGGCCGUCGUCUCCGAGAGGCUCAAGAUCCGGGGCUCCCUGGCCAGAGCCGCCCUCCAGGAGCUCCUCAGCAAAGGCCUGAUCAAACUCGUUUCCAAGCAUAGAGCCCAGGUCAUCUACACCCGAAACACCAAGGGAGGUGAUGCGCCGGCUGCAGGGGAGGACGCAUGAAAAGGCUCACAUGGAUGUUACGCUCUUCGGUUAAUCCAUAAAAAUAAAAUUAUUUCAGUUCCCUAAAA